GUCGCGGGAGGACCGCCGCUUGAGGCGCUUUGCAAAUGCAGUCGGGGGCCGCGGGAGCGGACGGGGGGCGGGGGAUGAGUGGCUCGGCCGGGGAGCGGGGCUGCCAGGCUCCGGGGGCUGGCGGCGGCGGCGGCGGCAGCAGCAGCGGCAGCGAGAGGCCCAGGAAGCGCAAGCGCAGCGAGGGGGAGAAGGAGGGAGAGGAGCAAGUGGGCCGAAAGUUCCAGAAAGUAGAUGGGGGUCACUGCAGUAAAGUGGCUGCACACUAUAAUGAGCUCCAAGAAUGCGGAUUGGCAGUGCGCAGUCAGAGCAGAAUCUUUUACUUACGCAAUUUCAACAACUGGAUCAAGAGCGUUCUUAUUGGAGAGUAUCUCGAAUUGGUGAGGCGGAAGAAUAGGCAUAACAUCUCUGUCUUGGAUUUGGGUUGUGGGAAAGGUGGUGACUUGCUGAAGUGGAAGAAAGGUCAAAUUAACAAACUGGUUUGUGUUGAUAUUGCUGAUGUUUCUGUGGAACAGUGCAUUCAGCGAUACGCUGACAUGAGAAACAGAAGCUACUCUAAUGAACCUCUUUUUACUGCAGAUUUUAUAAGAGCAGACUGCACCAAGGAGCUGCUGACUGAGAAAUAUAAGGAUCCAAAUGUUACCUUUGAUAUUUGUAGCUGUCAGUUUGUCUACCACUAUUCCUUUGAGUCACUGGAACAGGCAGACACCAUGCUAAGAAAUGCCUGCGAUCACUUGCGACCAGGAGGAUAUUUCAUUGGUACCACACCAAACGCUUUUGAGCUCGUGAAACGUCUGGAAGCAUCAGAAACCAACUCCUUUGGAAACAAAUUGUAUAGCGUAACUUUUCAGAAGAAGGGUGAAUACCCACUCUUCGGCUGCCAGUAUGAUUUUAACUUGGAAGGAGUUGUUAACGUCCCUGAGUUCCUUGUCUACUUUCCGUUGUUUGAAGAGAUGGCUAAAAGGCACAAGAUGAAGCUGGUCUUGAAAAAGACUUUUGCAGAAUUUUUCAAAGACAAAGUCCAGAAUCCAGAGCAUAAAAUGUUGUUGAAGAAGAUGAAAUCAUUAGAGCAAUAUCCCAUUCCAGAGAACAGUGGCAGUUUUGGAUCUAAUAAGGAUGAUUAUGAACAUGCAGAAGAUUACCUGAGGAAUCCGCAAGCAAAAGCACCAGUCGGAACGUUAAGCAAAUCUGAGUGGGAGGCUACAAGUAUAUACUUGGUUUUCGCAUUUGAGAAACAGCCUUAAGCAAAAACCUCUUGUUUUUUUUCGCUGGGAACUUCGCUAGAACCUGAAGCUGUGAAAUUCCAGUAAAAGGACAUAUAGUGACAGAAGUUAAUCCUUUUGAAGACUGUUUUGAAGACAGUAUUUUAAGAAUGCCUAUUAGGCAUGGAAGCUAUUUUAGAUUGUCGAUUUAAGCUGAAGUCCCAGGUGAUCAGCACAGAGUUGUUAGCUGUACAAGAAGCAAUAUCUUGAUGGAAUAUGUCAUUUUUAAACAUUUUCUUUGUACAAUACUUAUGUUUCAGUUGCAAGUAUAUAUUUUUUGUUAAAACAUUUUUGAAUACUGAGCAUUUUACUUUUUACUUGGAUGGGCCCUUCCAGAAAUAUUAGAAAAUUAGACCAGUUGGUGAUCACAUAGCUUGUUAAAUAAAGAUCUCACUGCUUGUUUGAGUUUUUGAACAUAACUGGGAUGGGGCAGUGUAGAUCAUUUCUGUCUGCUCUCUGUAUGAAAAUUAUCUGUUGACACCAUUUAAAUUAUUUACUUCAAUCUUGCUCAGUGAUCGUGAAGUAGUUUGGCGUCCACCUCCUGCUUGUUUCUACUUUUCUAAUGAUCGAACUUCUUGUCCUCAUGCACGUUUUAUCUACAUCAGCUUGGGCGGCAGUAAACCAUACGCCACCUGAGGCUGCUCCACAGUUCAACAUGAUUACGGCCUAUCAGUUUCUUCCAUAAGUUUGACAACUAUUCCAGUUGAGUCACUUUUUUUGUUUCUCCAUCCCCUCCCCUCCUUUGUAAGAAUGACCAUUUUCUUUGACCCUUUGCUCAAAACUUACUGUGUAGCUUUUGAAAGACCAAAAACAUCUUUACAUUGGUUCCAACUUUGGGCAUUGUAGGUCAAUGUCCAAUGUAGCAAUAAAGGAAUCUGUUAUUUUACUGGCUCCAUGUCAAAUAGCAUUUGAUUAAUUUCUUGACUAUUCUGCUUUCAGUUUUAUAAUCUAACAAGUAGCUUUUAUUUCCCAUACUUGCUUUUAGAAUGCUCAACAAAUAUGAGAUCCUCGUGGUGCAUGCCCACAUGCAUCAGUUUCAACUUGGAAAACUUAUUGGUGACUUCCCUGUUUCCUACAGAGUAUUUUACACUCACUUGCCACCUUGCCAUCUUCAAACUAUGGCUUCUCUAAAGUCAAUUCUUGUUAAAGUCAUUUAAUGAUAUAAAUGUAAUAUCUUCUGUUUUCCUUGUAGAACAUAAAGGCAGUCAAGAGUAAUGCAGUAAAUUAAUUGUGGUGGGGCAUCUGAAAAAUAAAUCUUGUUCUCUCACUAUGAAUGUCCCAAAGGCAUCUUGCAAUUUUUUGUUGAAGCAAAUUGAUAUUACGAUGAUGGGUUUAUUUCUUCCAGAUUUAUAAGCUGUUACAUUUUUUUGUCACUUGAAAACUAUAUUUUGUCAUGGAUAAAUUUUGCAGUUGGCAUCGAGGUUUAUAGGGUUGGGCUCUUUGCAACUAAUCCCCUAAAAUUUGCCUGAAGGAUUCACCUGAUGUUUCACUGUUCCCGAUCACCCUGCUUUUCCUUUCAUUAAAACCCAAUCAGUUGAUGUAAACUUGGUCUAAAACAUUUACUCAGCGUAGAUUGUUCAGAUGGACUGAAUCUGUUCCCCACCACCUUGAGGACAAUUAGGGGUAUGUUGGUCUUGCCAAGGAUGCCCACUGACUGUAAGUAAAAAAAAAUAUGCUUGCAUGUUCUUGGUUUACAUCUCAUCUAGACGCCUUUUUAAUUCUAGAAAUCUAGACAUAUAUGAAGGAAAAUACUUAAAUUUGUCAGAAUUCAUAUGGUCCUACCAUCAAUCUGAAAGUACUGUUUAAGUAGAAAUUUAGUUGAAGGUUCAAUCCUUAUUUCUUGACCUGGGUAGUCUGAGUAUACUGGAGUUGGGAUGUACCUGCUCAGCAAAACCUGACCCCUUCUAGGUAUUGAGGCAUGCUCUAAUGCAGUAGGUCUGCAGGGGAUGAGAUGGUAGAAAAGAGCAUUGGUGGGAUUUUUUUUUGUGUUAGACUGUUAUAUGAAGCCUAGCUCCUUGGUACCCAGUGGCAGCAGGACCCUAUACUGUGGUCCUUCCCAACAAAGCCUUUGUGGUGGCUACACCGAGCUUCAGUGCAUCCCUCAGCUCAUUCUCCUGCACCCUGGAAUGUGCUGGUCAGCAGCAUUUGCUUGUUGACAUCUUGCACUGGAAGACCAACAAGUUUCAAGCAGAAUAAAGUGCGUCUUUCACCAAUUUGAUAUUCUUCCAGCAGCAGUUGAUGAGUGUCUCAGUGUGUAUUGUGGUAAUGACCCGCAGAUUACAGAGUCCUCUUAUUACACAGCUGCUCGGGAGAAACCUUGGCAAGGAGCAUUGCAUCCUUUUCCAGGCCGCCUUGGCAAACUUGUAAUCCAUGAGGAGAUGAUGGUUUUUUUUUGUUUAUUUAAAAAAUAUUAUUCUUGAAGAUCUAUACAGGAAAUGCAAUCAAUGCAUGUCUGUCUUUUACAUUCAUAGCAUGAUCGGAACACUCUAUGCAAAAGAUGCAUUUCACUGUGUGUUU